AUGGCCUCAAGAAAGUUUUUCCUACUGCUUUUAGCUUCAUUUGCCAUUGUACAAAUGGCCAAAGGUGGAGAUGCAGACAUCACCUCUGAUUUCUUGGCACCGCCAAAUGCAACUAUUGAUGGGAAUUUCUUCACAUACACCGGCAUGCGCGUCCUUGUUAAUGCAAAACCUCCUACAAUUUUUACGGUGCUGAAAGCAAGUAUGGCUGAAUUUCCAGCUCUUAAUGGGCAGAGUGUAUCCUAUGCGGCUCUUCAAUUUCCAGCCGGUGCCAUAAACCCACCGCACACUCAUCCUCGUUCAGCUGAGUUGCUUUUUGUCGUACGAGGUUCUCUUCAAGUGGGAUUUAUCGACACAACAAACAAGCUCUACACCCAGACACUACAAUCUGGUGACAUGUUUGUAUUUCCAAAGGGAUUGGUUCACUUCCAGUACAAUGCUGAUCCACAAAAAUAUGCUCUAGCGAUUUCUGCCUUUGGGAGUGCAAGUGCGGGGACUGUCUCACUUCCUGCCACCCUAUUCCUCACCAAUAUCGAUGACAAUAUCCUAGCCAUGUCUUUCAAAACUGAUGUUAAAACUAUUCAAGCUCUCAAGGCUGGUCUUUCUCUUCCCAAGCCCUAGAAAAAUCAGUUGCUCACUUACUCUUAUUUAUUGCUUGUUUUGGUUAAUGGUGUUUUGUCUUUGUCCGAAAAUUUUUCAUUUAACAAUAACCUUCCUUGUUCAGAAGGAUGUAUGGUAUCAUACCA